AUGGUGGAGAGGGCGCAGAGUGGGUCAGAGCGCGGGCGCUUGGAUUCUCCAGCUCCUGACAUCAAUGAUCAUCGACCGGCGGCCCAGGGCCCUCUCUUGCAGCAGCCCCGCGCUUCUCGCGACGGGCGCCGCGGUGUCUCGUGCGAGCUGCCGCUGGUCCCUGCCCUGCAGGCCCUGCCUCCUCAAGCGGCGCCCGAUGCGGGCACUCGUGCGAGGGCGUGUGUCGGGCCUCCUUUGUUUCACACUGUCCGUUGGUCCACUGCCGCCCGGACAGCUGUCUGCUCCGCGGUCGGCCAAUCUACGAUUGCCGACACCUGA